AUGAAUGAACAUCAUAAUGAAUUGAGUGAACAAUUGAAUCAAACUGAAGAUCAUUUUAAUGAAUUAAAAAUGGAAAUCGAUGCGCAAAAAAGAAAUCCAUGCAACCAUACAUUUAUGAAACAAAUUGAUGAAUGGGAAAAUCAGUCCAUCGAAAAGAUUCAUCAAUUAGCAAAUGAAAUUCGUCUAGAGUUAUCAUCAAAUGUUACUAGAUUUGCUACUGAUUUGGAUACAAAAUUGAAACAACUGACAAAAGAAGUAAUUCAAUGUCGUCAAGAACAAGAUUUUAUUGAUACAGAUAUUCAACGUUGCAAUGAAGAACUCAAACAAUUGAAAGAUACUCUCAACAGUCCACCAGAUUUCAUAAUUGAAAAUGAACAAACAUCUUUUAUCAAUAAAAUUCGUCUUUCAUUAAAAGUAACUCUGAAUGCAAAUACAAAGUGGAUGAAAAAUGGUGUCACCGUGGCUGGAGGAAAUGGACAAGAUAAUGGAAUGAAUCAACUUUCAAACCCACAUAGUCUGUAUGUUGACGAUGAUCAAACUGUUUAUAUUGCCGACUUCAGUAAUAAUCGAAUUAUGAAAGUGAAAUACGGAGAAACGAUUGGUGAGGUUGUGGCUGGUGGAAAUGGGCAAGGAAAAAGUUCUAACCAGUUGUCUAAUCCGACAGAUGUGAUUAUUGAUAAAGUAAACGAUAGUUUUAUCAUUUGUGAUUUUGGGAAUAAACGGGUAGUUCGAUGGCCACGUCAAAAUGGUAAAAAUGGAGAAACAGUCAUUUCAAAUAUUCGAUGCCACGGACUGACAAUGGAUGAAAACCGGUUUCUUUAUGUUGCUGAUUCGGAGAAACAUGAAGUUAGACGAUUUCGAAUAGGAGAAAAUAAAGGAACAAUCGUUGCAGGUGGAAAUGGAUCAGGAAAUCGUCUUGAUCAAUUGUAUUAUCCAACAUAUGUAUUCGUCGAUCGAGAACAUUCAGUAUAUGUAUCUGAUCGUUGUAAUCAUCGUGUGAUGAAAUGGAUGAAAGAUGCGAAGCAAGGUAUGAUUGUGGCAGGUGGUCAAGGUCAAGGAAAUAGUCUUACACAAUUAUCACAUCCUGAUGGGAUUUUCGUAGAUCAGUCAGGUAACGUCUAUAUGUCUGAUCGAUGGAACGAUCGAAUAAUGCGUUGGUGUCAAGGAGCUACACAAGGAAGUGUUAUUGCUGGUGGAAAUGAUCGAGGAAAUCAAUUGGAUCAAUUCUACGGUCCUAUUGGCUUAUCAUUUGAUCGAGAAGGUAAUAUGUAUGUGACUGAAGAUAACAAUCAUCGAGUACAAAAGUUUAACAAUGAUCAAAGUUAA